AUGUCUCCGGCAGCAUCCAAUAUCGACCUUUCAUUUCUUGAUAUCUUCUCCUUGAUAUACCAAUACGAAACUAACCAUGACGUUAAACUCUUGAGCCCCAUACUCGCGGCACUGACCAAACAUAAAGCGAUUCAUCCUGGUGUUCGAAAGAUAGACCAAUUAUCACCACAAAUUCCCACUAUAGAUGAAACAUCCUUACGACUCAUAGAAGCUGCUGAGGAGUCUAUGGAUAGUCAGUGGAACGAGUCCAAUUCACUUAAUGAAGAGUUUGUAUGGGAUUCAAUUUUUAAAGCCAUUCCCAUUUUGAUAAUAAGAAUGGAAUUUGAUCAAUUGAAUGAAUUGCUAACAAAGUAUUCAGAAAUGUACCAAUAUACUUUACAAAUAGACUCUCCUUAUAGCCAGAACUUCUUUGAAUAUGACUUUUAUCAUUUGUUGGUCAAUGUUCUUCAAUUGGUAUUUCAAGGCAUUGAUCAACCACAAACCAUAACGGCAUUAUUCGAUGCUACAACCGUCCAGGACUCAUCAUCAACACUGAUGACUUUAUUACAACAACAGCAACAACAGCAGCAGCAGCAACACCUGAAACAGACAACCACUCAUCAGAAUAGUAGAUGGCAGAAUCUGAAAGCUAUUGAAGGGUGUCUUAAGAAGGCAGAAACAUACUACGCCAAAAACCGAGUUGUCCUUACUCAAUCGUUCAAUGUCGAGUUACACUAUUAUUAUCUUAUCAAAUGGUUUUCGUUAAUAUCCCUUUUCAAAGAGUUUAAUGUCAGCCAAUUUGUCGAUCAGUUUGAAAGACUUUAUCAUCAACCUUCAGUGAUCACCAAAUCAGAUUUACUGGUGACAAAUUUGAUUGAUGACGACUCAGAUCAAUACGAUGAAGAUUAUUCUCCCUUUAAAUUGUUCUCCACUUGUAAGGAAUAUGAACCCAUUAGAAACCAUAUAGUUAUGAUGUACCAAGUGUGUUUAAUUGUGGUUAGGCCAUUCCGAGAGUUACAAAUACUCGAAACUGAUGAUGUCUUAUUGGAUUUGAUUGAAGCAUUACCUUUGAACUCAAAAGUUUACUAUGAUCUUAUGAUUAGUUUAAAGCAAUCAGAUUUCAACAAGUUCAAAUGCAAUAUAAAUGAUCUUGAAUUCCAGAGUCAAAUGAAAUUACUUUUAGGUAAUUAUCUUCCAGAUCUGAAGUAUUGGGAUUUCUUUAGAUAUAUUCUGUUGUUAAUUGACUAUAAGAAUUUUCUUUUGAUCAUGUCAGUUACUCGGGCCAUUCCCAAGAAAUUGUUGAUUCAAAAAUUAGGAGGUUAUGAUGUCGAUGAUGAAAGUGUCAUCCCAUUUCUUUUACAAUUAAUGGCAAUACUAAAGUUAGGUGAGGUUGGUAUUUCAUAUGAAGUUAGUAAAAGGAAGCUCUUGAUGAACUUCAAUCAAAUCUACAAAGGGAAUCAUUAG